CUCCACGAGAACUAUGCGCGAGAAUUCUUAUGACAUAAGAGACAUUGACUCCUUCCUUGAAGCAGUAUACACAAUGUAUACAUUUGACUAUACACCCUCAAUUCCAUUUGGCCUUGCUCAAGUCGAGCAGCAUUCAUUGCUCAAUCAGUAUGAUUCCUCGCUGCGUGUUGCGCGUUCCCAGAAGCCGAACGCUCAGUACCACCGCCUCGUCCAAGUCGGCUCGUGCCUGCGUAGUGCACAGCAAUCCCAAGGAAGGAGAAGAGAAGGCCGAUCACUCGGUCUCCAAUCACUUUGCGCUGCAGCGACCACAGCUUGAGUUCUGUUGUCUGCUGAGCGGUUGGGAUGUAGCGUGCAAGACCUGCCCCUUCAACUGGUACGAUUUUGACCCACGUAAAUUCCGUACGAAGAGUCGAAGACGACGCGUAGACGGCGACGACCUAAGCAACCUCGCAGCCAGCGAGGCGGACAUCCGUCAGGCCUUGGAGGCUCUGGGCAUUGACACAACCCCCACCGACGGAUUUGACAGGAAAUCGUUCACGCAGCAGCAGGUCAAGGACGCAUUUCGAGCCAAAGCGCUCGAGUGGCACCCGGACUGCAAUCCAGACCCAGAAGCCGAGAACAUCUUCAAGGAGAUCCUGCUGGCUUACGAACUGUUAUUAACUCAUGCACAAUGAAGAGGAGAAUUUUCUUGCGCAAAAAAAUAUAAAUAAAGACGCAAGUUGCCGUUUGGUAUUCUACUAGCCAACCUCUUUAUACUGUUAACCUAGCAUAACUAUUUCGAAC